GAAAAAUAUUUAUUUACGUGAUAAAUUGUUUUCUAAGAUCCAAUUAUCCAAAUAUCUCCCAUUUAAAAUGUCUAAAUCUAACGUCGACUCUUUCGGGGCAUUUUUCUAUAUAUAUCUCAUUUUAGAUCUUCAUCUUCUGUAGUUGAACCAAAGCUACAUGAAGAAAGAAAAUGAUUGCAGCAAAAGCGAAGGUCUUUGUAUUGUGAUGGCAUCAAUUGCUGCAAGCCCAUCGAGUUGUUCUCUGAGAGUUAGCAUGGAUCAGAAAACGAAUGUAUACAUUUGGGACAUGGAUGAAACUCUAAUCUUACUCAAAUCUUUACUGAGUGGGGCAUAUGCUGGGUCUUUUAAUGGCGUUAAGGAUGUGGAUAAUGGGGUGAAGAUUGGAAAACUUUGGGAGAACCACAUUCUUCAAGUGUGCGACUUACAUUUCUUUUACAAUCAAAUUGAACAUUUCAACCAACCAUAUCUUGAUGUCUUCAAUGAAAAUGAUGACGGCCUGGACCUCUCUGAUUAUGACUUCCAUAAAGAUGGUUUUGGUCAUCCGCUCGAUGCUCUUAACAAACGUAAACUGGCAUACCGCCACCGUGUUAUUGCUGAGAAGUAUCGUAAGGGUUUGCGAAAUAUUCUCAAUGUUGAUGCCUUAAAAUUGUGGGAUAGUCUCUAUGAUUUGUCUGACACUUACACUGAGAAAUGGUUUUCUUCAGCUAGGACAUGCUUGGAGCAGUGCGCGGGUCUCAAAAGAGAUACAAAUGUGAGCUCAAACAAUGCUAGAGAUUACGAGUUUGAGCAUGUGAACAUUUUGGUUACAUCUGGGCCACUUAUACCAAGCUUGGUCAAAUGCUUAUUUUUUCGACUCGAUAACAUGAUAACUUGCAAUAACGUCUACAGCUCUCUCGAAGUGGGAAAGCUCCAGUGCUUCACGUGGAUUAAGGAGCGUUUCAAAGGGCCCCAUGUUCGGUUCUGUGUUAUUGGAGAUGGCUGGGAAGAAUGUGCGGCUGCUGAGUCCAUGAAAUGGCCUUUUGUCCAAAUAGAUCUGAAUCCGAGCAGUAUCCAUCGAUUUCCGGGUCUUACCCCUGUUGAUUUAGGGCACUAUUUUUCCAUCGUGUAUGAAGAGGACGAUGAUGAAAAAACGGGAUAUCGUGACAGUAAUAGUAUUGACUAAAAUUUUAAAAAAUUAUUUGUAUUGUUUUGUGAUUUUCAUGGAAAAGCAGAAUUUCAAAUCAGAAACUGCUACUGUACUUCCUUGAAAGUGUUUUAGAAUGAGUAAAUUUUGCUUGCAUUAUGUGUUUCUUGUAAGCCAUCAGGGUAUUUGGGAAACUCAUUCCACACAGUUCAUCUGUAUUAAUUGUUUUCUGCUCUGAGAUUUAUAUAACUGUAGAUUAUUGUUUGGUAACAGUUUAUUAUACAAA